AUGGAGACUGCUACCCAACACGACAUAGUGGAACAACGUGAUGAUCAUUCAACAGUCAGAGAGCGUCGCUUGAAGAAGGCUAGCAUACCUAGUGCAAGUAGCAAUCAGGAUAUGACAGAAACGACGCCUCUACUGGGUUCACUGUCCCCAGAAACCCAACCAGCAAAUGGUGAAUACCAUCUCGACCUCGAAGGUCAAAAAGCUCGGGUCCCCAGGAGGAUAGCACGAGCCGUGGCACAACUCUGCAAGCGCGUCGGUCCUCCCUUUGUGGCCAUGACCAGGAGUGUCAAGGAUCCGAAGCUUUACUCUCGCCGGUCGUUGUGGGAGAAUGGGAUCGUUGCACCAGUUGCCUGCCUCCCGGCAGUCAUUGUGGGCUUGUUGCUCAACAUACUAGACGCAUUAUCAUAUGGCAUGAUACUUUUCCCUUUGGGAAAUCCUAUAUUUGCCCACCUCGGCUCCGCCGGUAUUUCUAUUUUCUACGUCAGCACGAUCGUUGCCCAAUUAACCUUCUCGUGCGGAAGCGUUUUCAGGGGUGGCGUAGGCUCGGAACUUAUCGAAGUGGUGCCGUUCUUUCACAGUAUGGCCGCCAAAAUCACCGCUUCUGUUGGAGAGGACAACCCGGAGGCCGUCAUUGCAACCACAAUUGUUGCCUAUGCCUUGAGUUCCAUGCUGACUGGCACCGUUUUCUAUUGCAUGGGUAAAUUCAAGUUCGGGUACCUGGUUGGCUUCAUUCCUCGACAUAUCCUCAUCGGCUGCAUUGGCGGUGUUGGCUGGUUUCUUGUGGCCACCGGCUUCGAGGUCAGCGCCCGAAUCGAAGGGAGCCUAGAGUACAAUCUGGACACUCUUUACAAACUCAUGAGUUCAGAGACAAUCCCGUUGUGGGUCACGCCACUCUGUCUAGCUAUUGUUCUCUUCUGGGGGCAAAAACGGACGAACAACAAGUACUUUUUGCCACUAUACAUUAUUGCUAUCCCCAUCAUCUUCUACUUCUUCGUCCUUUCAUUGGAUGCAUUAGACACGAACACCUUGCGGGAUGGAGGCUGGAUAUUUGAGGGCCCACCGGCCGGUGAGCCGUGGUGGUACUUUUAUACGUUGUAUCAAUUCAACAAAGUUCAGUGGGCGGCUCUGCUAGAGACAGUCCCGGCUAUGUUCGCAUUAACCUUCUUUGGCAUCCUCCACGUUCCUAUCAAUGUCCCGGCAUUGGCUCUCAACACAGGGGAAGAUCACGCGGACUUGGACCGAGAGCUGAAGCUGCAUGGCUACUCGAACUUUUUGUCAGGCGCUUGCGGAAGCAUUCAAAAUUACCUAGUCUAUGCGAAUACUGUCUUCUUCAUGCGAUCGGGUGGCGACAGCCGUUUGGCAGGGUUCGAAUUGGCCGCGCUGACAUUCGGCGUCAUGACCAUCGGGCCAGCUCUGAUCGGCUACAUCCCCAUAAUGAUGGUGGGCUGUCUCAUAUUCGACCUGGGCUUUGAGCUAUUGUUAGAAGCGGUUUGGCAGCCACGAAAGAAGUUUAAGUUGCCCGAAUAUGUCACGGUAAUCGCCAUCGUGCUCAUCAUGGGCAUUUACGACUUUGUAGUCGGUAUCGGGGUGGGUAUCUUGCUUGCCUUCGUGUCCAUGAUAUUACAGACCUCGAGGGUCUCGGCAAUCCGAACAGCCUACUCUGGGGAGAUUGUCAAUUCGACAGUGAGAAGAAACCCUUCACAACAGCACUACCUGAAACAGGUCGGCAAACAAAUUCAAAUCAUCAAAUUGGCCGGCUAUCUGUUCUUCGGGACUAUUGUGGGAGUAGAGAACAGAAUUCGCUCGUUGAUCGCUGAAGAGACAUUCUCCCACCGACCGAUCAGAUACUUGAUACUAGACCUCCAUCAAGUCACGGGACUCGACUAUUCCGCGGGCGAGGCUUUCAACACAAUCAGUCGAUUGUUAGACGGCAAAGGCAUUCACCUCGUGCUUAGUGGGCUCGACGACGAGUGCAGUCUUGCACGGGAUCUCCGCGCUGUUGGUCUUGGCGACGGGGGGAUUGAUGUUAGCUUCCUUCCUAACCUUAAUUCCGCCCUUGAAAGCUGCGAGAAUGAGCUCCUCAAAACAUUCUAUGCCAGCCAGGAGGCGUUGAGAGUAUCACGACUGGGACAAGCUGUCAGCCUCGAUGUUCCGUCCAAGCCUGACCAGCUUCCGUCCGGCGACCUGCUAGCUAGUUCGCCGCGUCUCAAUCAGCUCCAGGAGGCUGCCAAAGUGUCUUUGAACAAAGCCGAAGUCUUGCGUCUUUCGCGCUGGCAGAAUUUCAAAGAACCGUUACGUCUAAUCUUGCAGAUUUUCCAGGAUCUGAGCGACAAGAACGAGGACUUCUGGUUCCGCGCGGUCGGCUAUUUUGUGCGCAAAGAGUGUGCGUCUGGCUCGAUACUAUUCCGUCGAGGCGAGCCAGCUGAUGGAUUCUACCUUAUCGAGAAGGGCAUUUUACGGGCGGACUACGAUCUGCCACAUGGCCAGUAUUUCCAUGAAAGCAUUGUGGCCGGCACGACAUGUGGCGAAUUGCCCUUCUUCUCGGAGACGACUCGAACCGCGACCGCAUGCGCCGAAUUGGAUUGUGUUGUCUGGGUUCUCAACAACGAGUCCUGGAAACGACUGCAGACUGACGAUCCGGAUGUAGCUCAGGAGCUGUUGAAGAUUGGCCUGAAACUCACGGCUGAGCGCAUGAAUACUGUACCCGCCUCGACAAUGUUAAUGGCGGAAUAG